CACGACCAGGAAACCAGGAGUGACAUCACUUUCCAGAAGUCCCCUUCAGGUUUGAUCGGCGGAGAGCCACAGCGAAGCAGAGUCAAGAAAGAUAAAGGCGUUCGCUGCUAUCUGAAAUUCAGGAGCGUUUAAGCUGACUUUUCAACCAAAAAUUUAAAAGCAUGUCCCUGUACCCAUCACUCGAGGACCUUAAGGUCGACAAGGUCAUCAAGGCCCAGGCCCAGUUCGCCCAGACUACCACACCCAUGCCAGCCAUCACCGAGGGAACCUACCAGCCCCAGGCUGCCACUGCUGGGAUGCCAGGAUCAAGCCUGUACCCAAAUCUGGAGGAACUGGGAGACUACAUGGGGCUGGCUCUCAACAGCGAUGAAGUGCAGAAGAACUUGGCCCUGGUGCCUGUUGCUGACAAUCAAGUGGCACUGCCCUCUGGCUCAGGUGUCGGAGGAAUGGUGCGGCCGGUGACCGGAGCAGACGUCGGCAUCAGGAGGGCAGAAAUCCGCCCAGGACUGCGGGAGAUCAUCCUCUGCAAAGACCAGGACAAGAAGGUUGGACUCCGGCUCAGGGCCAUCGACAAUGGAGUGUUUGUCCAGCUGGUGCAGGCUAACUCCCCCGCUGCCCUGGCUGGGCUGCGCUUUGGGGACCAGGUCUUGCAGAUCAACGGGCAGAACUGUGCUGGAUGGAGUGCGGACAAGGCCCACAAGGCUCUGAAGGCUGCGUCUGAGACCCGCAUUGAGCUGGUGGUCAGGGACAGGCCAUUUCAGCGCACCGUCACCAUGCACAAAGACAGCUCUGGUCACGUGGGCUUCAUCUACAAGAAUGGGAAAAUCACCUCAUUGGUCAAAGAUGGCUCUGCCGCCCGCAAUGGCCUGCUGACUGAACAUUACAUCUGUGAAAUCAACGGACAGAACGUCAUCGGACUCAAGGACUCUCAGAUCAAAGACAUCCUGACCACCUCUCCAACCACCAUGACCAUCACCAUCAUGCCCAAGUUUGUCUACGAGCACAUGGUUAAGAGGAUGUCCUCUGGCCUGAUGCGGUCAGCCAUGGAUCACUCUGUCCCAGAGGUGUGAGGACCAGGAAGAGGGCUAGAGGAUGUCAAGAUGUCUACAGUGCAGAUUCUUUCUCUCUGUUUUCCUCAUCUAUCUUUUUCUCUAUUUCUGUCAUCAAACCAAACCUCCUCUUACAUCACAAUCACAAACCCUGCCCUUGCUCAUCUCUAACAUAAUCUUAAGAUGCCUUUUUUUCUAUUCUUUACCUUUUCUACAUUUCCCUCACCUGCUGACAUUAGUAUGUUUUAUAUGUUAACCUAGUACUCUGAUAUGCUUAUUGUUUUUCUUGUUUUGUAUUUGAGAUCAAGGACAGUAAAACAAAAAAAAUGUUUUUUUUAAAAAGCCAUGCAUACCAUCAUGAGUCCAGAGCUUCCUGCUCAGUGUGGAGAUGAGUCAUUCACCUUUUCAUAAUGCUGUAAAAGCUGACGGACAGCCAUCAGAGCCGUCCACACAGAUAUUCAGCUGCCCUCCUGAUCCCUGCACCCAACCCCUAACGUGUAAAUAAUCUGAGCUGAAUUAACACCUGCAGACUCAUAUGAAGAGAUGUGUUGUGGAUUCCAGUGUACAGUCAUUUUUACAUGGCCAGGGAAAGUGAUGGUGGUGUUUACCAUUCUUUCUUUUUCUUUCAACAUUAAAAAGAAUCCCAACAUUUCACCACCCAGGUCUGAGUAGCAGUUUCCGCUUUUUCCAAGAGAUGGCGACAUAUCCUUGUAACACAUUUCCAGCCUCUGACAUUGAGUUUGCAGAUGGUGCGUGUGCACAUUCCGGGGAGCAAGUGUAAGGAAAGGAAGCAGCAGUACAUUAUCAUUAACCUAUGCAGCUGGGACUGUCCACAAACACUCUUUAAGAGCUAUGACAGAGUAAAAGACAUGAGUUAGCAAGUGCCCAGCGCACCACAGGCUGCAGGAGUCCUGUGAGGCUUUGUGCUUCAAAGAAUCGAGGAAACAGUUGGUUUUUGUUUGGAGGGGUCGGCGCCAGGCAGACCCACUAAGUGCACUUUCCAUUAACCUUAUAAGAGGUCCUCUCUCCUAUAUCCAUUUCAAGUUCCAACAAUUUUUUUUUCAUAAUUGUUGUGUUUGUGAUGCUUCAUGUUAAUGAGAGAAAACUGAAAGCUUAAAUUUGAUGCUGAAAAAUCAAUCGGUCAAAUGAAAGCAUUUAAAUUACCCAUCAUGGGUUUAUCCAGUGAACUGCUGUCCUCUGCUAAGUUUUGUUAAAGGCCUAUCCUCUGUAAAAUUCCUUCCUUGACUGAUGAGCACAGCAAGACUCAGCAGAGCUCACAGUUGUGAAUUUCUACUUGUUAUAUAAAAUUUCUCCUUUUAAUGCUGUUCGCGUUCGGAUGCAUGUAUUCCUUUAAUUUUCUAGGUAUGCAAUCUGAUAAAAAACAAACAAAAAAACCCAACCCGCUGUCAUUCUGUAAAAAUAAACGCUAGAAAAAUCUAAAAGUUUAUAUACGAAUGUAACCAUGAUAAUGUUGUAAACAAAUAAAGUCUUUCUGCUCA